AUGGCCAAGAAGAGACUUUUUUCAGAGAGCAAAGAGCCAGAAGAUGUCGAUGUCGUCACGAGGACGAGGCCGAAGCGGGCAGCAGCAUGCAAAGACUUCAAGGAGAAAUCUGUGAGAAUCUCUGAGAAAUCUGCUACUUUUGUAACAAAGAAAGACCAGAUUUUGGAGGUGGACAACGAGUUUGAUGCUCUACACUUGACAGCUUCACCGGGUGAUAUCCACGAGCCUCGUCAAAUCAGGAGAAUAACUGAUUUCAUUUUACAUGACGAAGAUCAAAUUCGACAUUCUGUGGAGAUGUUGGAGAUUAGAGACAUAUUCAUUGACGGUGUGGUCUUACCUUCAGAUGAAUAUUCUAAAAAUGGCGUAAAGUUUCGAUCUUUGGAACGCGUUGAGCGUUGGAGUGUAUCUGGAUAUGAAGAUGGUUCCCCUGUGAUUUGGGUCUCGACCGAUUAUGCAGAUUAUGAGUGUGUUAAACCUGCGUCUAGUUACAGGAGAAUCUAUGACCAUUUCUUCGAGAAGGUGCGUGCCUCGGUUAAGGUUUAUAAGAGAUUGUCCAAGUCUGCAGGUGACAUGAGUCCUUACGAGCUGGCUGCAGCUGUUGCAAGGUCUAUGAGCGGAAGCAAGAUCUUUGCUAGCGAUGUAGCAGCGAUUCAGAAUUUCGUUAUAAAGGAGGGAGAAUUCAUUUAUAACCAGCUUGUUGGUUUUGAUGAGAACUUUGGUGAGAUCCCUGUGCUUCUUGCUCUUAGAGAUGCUGUUCAUGUGGAAAGAAGACCUUCUAAUGGUGGUCUGAGGAUUAGUGGUGGAGAGACUUCUGAUCAUACACAGGUUGAUGGUGUUGAAGAGGAUAGAAAAUAUGCAAAGCUUUUACAAGAUGAAGAGUAUAGGAAGUCUAUUAAACGGGCAAGGAGAAACAGCAGCUCGGUGACUGCUUCAACGAGUGUGCAUUACAUAAAAACCACUGAAGAUGAGAUUGCCAGUGAUUAUCCUUUCCCAUCUUAUUACAAGAAUUACCGAGAAGAAAUAGAUGAGCUUUUACUCUUUGAUGGCUAUGAGAUUGACGAUGAGGAGGACUUACCUCGCAUGAUGCUUAAUAAUUGGGCUCUUUACAACUCUGAUUCGAGGUUCAUAUCCCUGGAGCUUCUUCCGAUGAAGAAUUGUGAUGAUAUUGAUGUGACUGUUUUUGGAUCUGGUUUGGUGACAGAGGAUAAUAAAGAAUGGAAUGCUCUAAAAAAUUCUGACGCCUCUACAAAGUCACAGGUCAAUGAUGGGAUGCCUAUAUUCCUCAGCCAAAUAAAGGAGUGGAUGAUUGAAUAUGGGGCGUCAACGGCCUCGGUUUCAAUACGAACAGAUGUGGCAUGGUAUCGUCUUGGGGAACCGUCAAAGCAAUACGUCUCUUUGUAUGGGCCUGUUCUGAAAACAGCAAUGGUUACAAUAAGCAUUAUUGCUCUGCUGAAGGAACAAAUUAGAAUGGCGAGGCUUCCAUUUGCAGAUGUCAUGAGAAGAGUUUCUGAGUUCCAUGAGGACGAUAAAGCUUACAUUUCUUCUGAUUAUAAGGUUGUCGAGAGAUAUGUGGUCGUCCAUGGGCAAAUGAUCUUGGGGAUGUUUGCAGAUUAUCCUAACAAGGCUAUCAGCAAGUGUUCAUUUAUUACCUAUCUUGCAAAGAAAAGGGAGGAAAGGCACCCCACGAAAUGGAUUAUCAAGAAUAAGAGAAUUUUGCAGAAAGUGAAUUUGAAUCCAAGGGCAGGUAUGGCACCUGUAUCCAAGAGGAAAGCUAUGAGAGCAACAACAACUCGCCUGAUCAACAGAAUUUGGGGAGAGUUUUACUCCAAUUACUAUCCAGAGGAUUCGUCGCAGGCAGUUGAUGCAGAAAAUGGGGAGGAAGAGGUUGAAGAGGAGGGCGAAAAUGAAGAAGACGACGCAGACGCAGAGGAAACGGUACCAGAAACUGUUGAGGUUCAAAAGUCUAAUACUCCUCCAAAGAAAAUUGGAGGGAGUUCUGGAAAAAUGGAAAUAAGGUGGGAUGGCGAGAGUUUAGGAAGAACUUCUGCUGGUGAGCCACUCUAUCUUCAAGCCUUAGUUGGAGAAGAAAUGGUGGCUGUAGGUGGUGCUGUUGUGUUGGAAGUGGUUGAUCAAGAUGAAAUUCCGGCCAUCUACUAUGUGGAGUACAUGUUUGAAACUUCAGAUCACUGCAAGAUGCUACAUGGAAGACUCCUACAAAGAGGAUCCGAGACUGUUCUAGGGAAUGCUGCUAACGAGAGGGAACUUUUCUUGACCAAUGAAUGCAUGAAUGUACAGCUUAAGGACAUAAAAGGAACAGCCAGUUUUGAGAUUCGAUCAAGGCCAUGGGGUCAUCAGUAUAGGAAAGAGAACGCCACUGCAGAUAAACUUGACAGGGUAAGAGCAGAAGAAAGAAAAGCGAAAGAUUUGCCAACAGAAUACUACGGCAAAAGCUUGUAUUCACCUGAUAGAGGCGGGUUCUUUAGUCUUCCUCUACGUGAUAUUGGUCUCGGCUCUGGAUCUUGCAAUUCAUGUAGGAUAAGAGAGGAUGAAGAGGGAAGGUCGAAACUCAAACUUAACGUUUCAAAGACAGGCUUUUUCGCCAAUGGAAUUGAGUAUUCCGUUGAUGAUUAUGUUUAUGUCAACCCUGAAUGCAUAACUACAGAUGGCUUGAACGAUGGUAUUAAAAAAUAUAAGUCUGGGCGGAAUAUUGGUUUAAGAGCUUAUGUUGUUUGCCAAAUGCUGGAAAUCAUUAUCCCAAAGGAAUCUAGAAAAGGUUCCUUUAAGGUUAAAGUGAGAAGGUUUUAUAGGCCUGAGGAUAUUUCGGCAGAGAAGGCCUAUGCUUCAGACAUACAAGAGUUGUAUUACAGCCAGGACACAGAUGUUCUCCAUCCAGAGGCUCUAAAGGGAAGAUGUGAAGUAAGGAAGAAAAAUGAUAUGCCCGUACGCUAUGAAUAUCCAAUCUCAGAGAAUAUCUUCUUCUGUGAACGUUUCUAUGACUCGUCCAACGGUUCUGUCAAGCAGUUGCCUGUCAAUAUCAAGCCGAAGUUCUCUACCAUUAAGGACGACACACUUCUAAGAAAGAAUAAGGGGAAGGGAGUAGAGGCUGAAACUGGUUCUGGGAUUGCCAAGCCUGAUUUGGUACCGGAAGAGAUGCCUCUGGCUACGCUUGAUAUUUUUGCUGGCUGUGGUGGACUCUCUGAGGGAAUGGAAAAAGCAGGUGUAUCAACAACAAAGUGGGCAAUAGAGUAUGAAGAGCCAGCUGGGGAGGCUUUUAAACAAAACCAUACCGAAUCAACAGUUUUUGUUGACAACUGCAAUGUGAUUCUUAGGGCUAUAAUGGAGAGAUGCGGAGACCAAGAUGAGUGUAUCUCUACUAAAGAAGCAAAUGAACUCGCAGCUAAACUUGAUGAGAAUCAGAAGCGUACUCUGCCAAUGCCUGGUAAAGUGGAUUUCAUCAACGGAGGCCCUCCGUGCCAGGGGUUUUCUGGUAUGAACCGUUUCAACCAAAGCUCUUGGAGUAAAGUUCAGUGUGAAAUGAUAUUAGCAUUCUUGUCCUUUGCUGAUUAUUUCCGGCCAAGGUAUUUUCUCUUGGAGAACGUGAGGAACUUUGUGUCGUUCAAUAAAGGGCAGACAUUUCAACUUACUCUGGCUUCUCUUCUCGAAAUGGGUUACCAGGUGAGAUUUGGAAUCUUGGAGGCAGGUGCAUAUGGAGUUUCCCAAUCUCGCAAAAGAGCUUUUAUAUGGGCAGCUGCACCAGACGAAGUUCUCCCCGAAUGGCCUGAGCCAAUGCAUGUCUUCAAUGUUCCAGAGCUGAAAAUCUCGCUAGCCAAAGGUGUACACUAUGCUGCUAUUCGCAGCACUCAAAAUGGUGCACCUUUCCGCCCAAUCACUGUGAGAGACACGAUAGGCGAUCUUCCACCAGUAGAAAACGGAGAAUCCAAGACGAACAAAGAGUAUCAAGCUGGUCCAGUCUCGUGGUUCCAAAAGAUAAGAGGAGAUAUGAAUGUUCUCACUAAUCAUAUCUGCAAAGGGAUGAGCGAACUAAACCUCAUUCGAUGUAAGAAAAUCCCAAAGAGGCCAGGUGCUGAUUGGCAUGACCUCCCAAAAGAAAAGGUGAUGCUAUCAAAUGGGAAACUGGAAAAUUUGAUUCCGUGGUGUCUGCCAAACACAGCCGACCGUCACAACCAGUGGAAAGGACUCUUUGGGAGAUUAGACUGGCAAGGCAACUUUCCAACUUCCAUCACUGAUCCUCAGCCCAUGGGUAAGGUUGGAAUGUGCUUCCAUCCUGACCAAGACCGGAUUCUCACUGUCCGUGAAUGCGCUCGAUCUCAGGGGUUUCCGGAUAGUUAUGUGUUCGAAGGGAACAUAAUACAUAAGCAUAGGCAGAUUGGGAAUGCAGUGCCUCCACCAUUGGCCUUUGCUCUCGGUCUUAAGCUCAAAGAAGCAUUGCAUCUCAAGAAGUCUCUUUAACCUUAAAAACAACUAAUUUUGCAUCAC